AUGGGGCUGAAGGCUGCCCAGAAAACGCUGUUCCCGCUGCGUUCCAUCGACGAUGUGGUGCGCCUGUUCGCUGCCGAGCUGGGCCGAGAGGAGCCGGACCUGGUGCUCCUAUCUUUGGUACUGGGCUUCGUGGAGCAUUUCCUAGCUGUCAACCGCGUCAUCCCCACCAACGUGCCUGAGCUCACUUUCCAGCCCAGCCCUGCGCCCGACCCUCCUGGCGGCCUCACCUACUUCCCGGUGGCCGACCUGUCCAUCAUCGCUGCCCUCUAUGCCCGCUUCACCGCCCAGAUCCGCGGCGCGGUUGAUCUGUCUCUCUACCCGCGAGAGGGGGGCGUCUCCAGCCGUGAACUGGUCAAGAAGGUCUCCGAUGUCAUCUGGAAUAGCCUCAGCCGCUCCUACUUCAAGGAUCGGGCCCACAUCCAGUCCCUCUUCAGCUUCAUCACAGGCACCAAAUUGGACAGCUCUGGUGUGGCCUUUGCCGUGGUGGGGGCCUGCCAGGCUCUGGGUCUCCGGGAUGUCCACCUGGCCUUGUCCGAAGACCACGCCUGGGUAGUGUUUGGGCCCAAUGGAGAACAAACAGCUGAAGUCACUUGGCAUGGCAAAGGCAAUGAGGAUCGCAGGGGCCAGACAGUCAACGCGGGUGUGGCUGAGCGGAGCUGGCUGUACCUGAAAGGAUCGUACAUGCGCUGUGACCGCAAGAUGGAGGUGGCAUUUAUGGUAUGCGCCAUCAACCCUUCCAUUGACCUGCACACCGACUCCCUGGAGCUAUUGCAGCUGCAGCAGAAGCUGCUCUGGCUGCUCUAUGACCUGGGACAUCUGGAAAGGUACCCGAUGGCGCUGGGGAACCUGGCGGAUCUGGAGGAGCUGGAGCCCACCCCAGGCAGGCCGGACCCACUCACGCUCUACCACAAGGGCAUUGCCUCAGCCAAGACCUACUAUCGGGAUGAGCACAUCUACCCCUACAUGUACCUGGCUGGCUACCACUGUCGCAACCGCAAUGUCCGCGAAGCUCUGCAGGCCUGGGCCGACACAGCCACUGUCAUCCAGGACUACAACUACUGCCGUGAAGACGAGGAGAUCUACAAGGAGUUCUUUGAAGUAGCCAAUGAUGUCAUCCCCAACCUGCUGAAGGAGGCCGCCAGCCUGCUGGAGGCUGGCGAGGAACGACCCGCGGAGCAGACCCAGGGCACGCAGAGCCAGGGUUCUGCCCUCCAGGACCCAGAGUGCUUUGCCCAUCUGCUGCGAUUCUACGAUGGCAUCUGCAAAUGGGAAGAGGGCAGCCCCACGCCCGUGCUGCACGUGGGCUGGGCCACCUUCCUUGUGCAGUCCCUAGGCCGUUUUGAGGGACAGGUGAGGCAGAAGGUACGCAUAGUGAGCCGAGAGGCGGAGGCGGCCGAGGCUGAAGAGCCGUGGGGCGAGGAAGCCAGAGAAGGCCGGCGGCGGGGCCCACGGCGGGAAUCCAAGCCAGAGGAGCCGCCGCCUCCUAAAAAGCCGGCACUGGACAAGGGCCCAGGCGCGGGCCAGGGUGCGGUGCCAGGACCCCCUCGGAAGCCCCCAGGCACAGUCCCCGGGACUGCCCGUGGCGCUGAAGGCAGCAGCACGGCUCCAGCGCCGGCACCCGCCGCAUCACCGCCACCCGAGGGUCCAGUGCUGACGUUCCAGAGCGAGAAGAUGAAAGGCAUGAAGGAGCUGCUUGUGGCCACCAAGAUCAAUUCGAGCGCCAUCAAGCUGCAGCUCACGGCGCAGUCACAAGUGCAGAUGAAGAAGCAGAAAGUGUCUACACCUAGUGACUACACGCUUUCCUUCCUCAAGCGGCAGCGCAAGGGUCUCUGA